GCAGUACAAUGCUGGAAGUAUAUGAUUGACGUUCAAAUACUGCAACUAAAAUAAGUGAAGAAGAAUCUCAAUUAAGGAAGAAAAAGAGUUGACAGGAUAUCAGCCCCUCGUGACAUUUGAAUGGAGUUUGCUGAGUUGAUAAAGACCCCCCGCGUCGACGGGGUGGUCCUCCAUCGUCCCUUCAUGCCUGUGGUGGAGGGCACGCUGUGUUUGACCGGACACCACCUGAUAUUAUCAUCGCGACAGGACAACACAGAAGAGCUGUGGCUGCUACACGGCAACAUAGACGCCAUCGAGAAGAGGUUUGUGGGCUCCUCUGGGUCCAUUAUUGUGAAAUGUAAAGACCUGAGAACUAUCCAGCUGGACAUUCCUGGCAUGGAGGAGUGUCUCAAUAUCGCCAGCUCCAUUGAGGCUCUCUCCACCCUGGACUCCGUGUCCCUCAAAUAUCCCUUCUUCUAUCGGCCCUUGUUUGAGGUCAUCGAAGAUGGAUGGAACUCUUUCCUUCCCGAAGAGGCUUUCAAAGACCUGGAAUCCAUGACAGAUGAGUGGCGACUCAGUGAGGUGAACAAGGACUUCAGCGUGUGUCCAUCCUACCCCGCGCUUGUCACCGUGCCAAAGGACAUCGACGAUGACACCCUCCGCAAGGUGUCAACCUUCCGCCACGGCGGCCGCUUCCCAGUGCUCAGCUACUACCACAAGAAGAACGGCAUGGUGAUGAUGCGUUCCAGCCAGCCCCUCACCGGCACCAACGGCCGACGCUGCAAGGAGGACGAGAAGCUGAUCAAUGCCACGCUGCGGGCGGGCAAGCGUGGCUACAUCAUCGACACGCGCACCAUCACCGUGGCACAGCAGGCCAAAGCGCGGGGCGGAGGCUUUGAGCUGGAGUCCAACUACCCACAGUGGAGAAGGAUCCACAAGGCCAUUGAGAGGCACAGUCUCCUGCAGGAGAGCCUGAUCAAGCUGGCCGAGGCCUGUAAUGACCAGUCCCACAGCAUGGACCGUUGGCUCAGCAAACUGGAGGCCUCCAGCUGGCAGAGCCACGUCAAGGAGAUCCUGACCACUGCCUGCCUGGCUGCCCAGUGCAUCGACAGGGAGGGUGCAUCUGUGCUGGUCCACGGCACCGAAGGAACAGACUCCACUCUGCUGGUGACCUCUCUGGCCCAGAUCAUCCUGGACCCGUCCAGCAGAACCAUCCGGGGCUUCCAGGCGCUGGUCGAGCGGGAGUGGCUGCAGGCGGGCCACCCGUUCCAGCAGCGGUGUGCACAGUCGGCCCACUCCAACGGGAAGCUCCGUGGCGAGGCGCCCGUCUUCCUGCUCUUCCUGGACUGCGUGUGGCAGAUCCUGCGCCAGUUCCCCUGCUCCUUCCAGUUCGGAGAGGCCUUCCUUCUCCUGCUCUUCGAGCACGCCUACGCCUCACAGUUCGGCACCUUCAUGGGCAACUGUGCCGCCGACAGGGCCAAGCUGAAGCUGCCCCAGAAGACCGUGUCGCUGUGGUCGUGGGUGAACCGGGCCGAGGAGCUGGAGCGCUUCACCAACCCGCUGUACGAGCCCAACGGCCUGGUCAUCUGGCCCUCCGUGGCCCCGCAGAGCCUGCUGCUGUGGGAGGGUGUGUUCCUGCGUUGGAACCGCUCGUCCAAGUGGCUGGACGAGGCCUAUGAUGAGAUGGUGCACAUCAUUGAGUACAACAAGGAGCUGCAGAACAAAGUGAACAGCCUCAGGAGGCAGCUGGCCCAACUGGAGACAGAGGAUGGCCCGCUGCAGACACCCUAGAACCGGAACUAGAACUGAGCUGAGUGGCCCUGAACCGCACCUGACCACCUGACCUGGCUACCGGUCAAAACGAGCAAAACAACCCUUUCUGACACACAUCAAACUGACCCACUGAAUGACAUAACAAACAAGAAGAUAGUAUUUGUCUUUUUCUUUAAACAAAUAUGUAUACCGCACACAGGUCAGAAUUAACCUAUGAUCGCUAGUCGCAAAUCACUCACACACAAACACACCUAGACACACUGCCCUUUGAUCACUACUCACACAUCACAUACACAUUCCCUUGGUAACCCAACACACACUAAUACUCUGCCAUUUUGUGAAUUACUUUGUGAGCCCUCUGCAUUUGGUGGCCAGCAGGGUCCUUACUGAGGGUUUCAUGUUGCGUAACACAUUCCAGAAGCUGGGGCAUCCCACUCUAUUCCAUACUUGAUUUCUGCACUCGAUUUAAAAGAUAAUUGCCCCAUUCACACCACACAAACACUACACAUGUCUACAUAACAUAAACUGUACAAAUAAGGAGAGCCUAGAUGUUAUAAAUCAAACAAACAAAACAACAUUUAGUAAACAACAAUUUCUCAACUCUAUGUGGUUAAGUGAAUGCAUUGUUUUGGCAACCGUCUUGUUGCAUAUUCGAGCCUGUUUUUUUGGAGUAGUGUCUGCUUUGGGAUUUCAGGCCAGUAUAGAAAUCCUGUUAGAAAACAAAAAUGUUAAUACAAAGGUCACUUGCCAUGCCAAACAUUGUUUAGUCACAUAUGUUGGCUUUUACAAUAUUUGUUAUGUUUAUGAGCUGAAAAAAGUAUAGAUUUUGCAACCACAUAGUUCUUUGUAUAACGCUACAGUUGUUCGUUGCCACAACUGACUAUAAUUAUUUUAUAAAUAGCCAAUAAUAUUUGCAUGUACAGUGUGUUUGCUUCAUAGUUAUUACUCUGUAACAUAGAUUCCUAUUGAUGCUUGUUUUCAGCUGACUACUAAAAGUCCAGAAAGCUCUGUGUCCCGCCAUGAUGAAUUGUUCACAACAUAAGGCCUGUAGCCUGAAAUUGAUUGCUUUGAGAGAUUAAAGUUUGAGCAGGAGGUUUUCUGCACAAGGA